CCGACCCGGACCAGACGGCCGCCGCCGCUCCGGUCUCCGGAGGAUCUGGUCCCGCCUGCCGACGCUCUCCUCUCCUCCGGUCCUUCCCGCUCCACCGCUCCCCGCCCCGGUCGUGGCCUCGUGGAACUGAAGAUGAAGAGGAAUGGUGACAUUAAGUCUUUUUUCCGGAAUUAUGAGGCAAAAACAAGAAAGGUUGCAGCCGAAGAGCAACCUGAACCUGAUAUUGAUCCACCUGCAGUCCAUUCGGGUGCAGAGAUUGGCAUUGAUAUUGAUCCACCUCCAGUCUAUUCCGAUGCAGAGAUUGACAUUGAUAUUGAUGAUGAAGCGCCACGGCAACCAUCACCCCAACAUCCACAUGCAAGGUCCUAUAAUAUUCAAAGGCUUCCACCUGAUCCAGGGGAAAGGAUUCCUAUUUCAGAUUAUGAUGUUAAUGAUCAAGACGAAGUUCGGAGACGGUACAUUGCAAAGAAUGCAGUCCAACCAUAUGCACACAACUUUGAAGUCAAGAAAAUGUAUGGUAAAAAUCGACACUUCAACUUUGUUUGGUUUGAGAACUACAAAUGGCUAGAAUAUAGUGUCAAAUAUGAGGCUGCAUUUUGCUUUGUGUGUUAUUUGUUCAAAGGCAAAUCGAAUGGGGGGCCUAAGGGUGAUGCCUUUGUUAAAGGUGGUUGGAAAAAUUGGUAUAAGCCUGAUGCAUUAGACAAACAUGAGGGUGGUAUUAACAGCAUUCACAACAAAGCUCAACAGAAGUACAAUUUAUUUGUGGCACCCCAACCAUCAAUUGAUAACAUUAUGGUGAGGGUGGAUAAAGAGGAUUUGCGUAUGUACAAGGCUAGGCUGACUUAUUCACUUAGAUGCUUGAGGUUUCUUUUGAACCAAGGAUUGGCAUUUCGUGGACAUGAUGAGAGUGAAGAAUUUAGCAAUAGGGGGAACUUUGUUGAACUUCUUAAGUGGCUUGUUUUGAACAAUGCUCCUGGGAAUUGCAUCUUGACUAGUCCAAAGAUACAAAAUCAAAUAAUUGAAUGUUGUGCGGUGCAAACAACAAAAAGAAUUAUUGAAGAUAUUGGUGAUGACCACUAUGCAAUCCUAGCUGAUGAGUCUAGUGAUGCAUCUCAUAAAGAACAACUUGCUCUCUGCAUACGAUUUCUUGACAAAUCGGGAAGAGGAUGUGAGAGGUUCCUUGGAGUUUUUCAUGUUGCCAAUACAACUUCAUUGUCACUUAAGGAUGCAAUUCAAACUUUGCUUAAUGAUCAUCAUUUGACUCCUAGUCAAAUGCGUGGGCAAGGAUAUGAUGGGGCAAGCAACAUGAAAGGGGAGAUUAAUGGGUUGAAAACAUUGAUCAUGAAUGAGUCACCCUCUGCCUAUUACACCAUUGUUUUGAACAUCAACUUCAGUUGGUUCUUAUAG